AUGUCGUCUGUUCCUGGACCAGCUGAAAUGCCAAGCGCCACCAGUACCUCACUCGCACAGAAUAUCAGUACCACACUCUCUUCGAACUCCGGAUUCUCUUUCCUCCCCGCCUUUCCGCUCGAGCUGAUUACCGCUCCCCUGCGCGUCCUCAACCAGGCCGAAACGUUCGCGUUCAGCACGGUCCCAAGGCAUCUCCUUCGACUGGCUGGGAUAGAGAAUAUCGAAAUGAAUUUCUGGGGUGUCGCCUCCCCGGCAGCAGGCGACCCCGGGCUUGCGGGCGAUGCCAUGGGGGCCGCUGCGGAUAUGGCGGGUGGCGCGCACGCUGCCACUGUGGGGGAUAGCUGGUAUUUAUCGGAGUUUUUGAUGGCAGCGAAGAAAAUUGGCGGGUUUAUUGGGUGGUUGACCAGCAUGUGGUCUUUUACCUGUCUGAUGGAGGCGCUGAUUCUCAACCGAAUUACUAUUUACGCUUCAACCAGGCGACAUCUCCGGCUUGGAUGGGAACGCCGACUGGCCCUCCGGAUAGUCCCUCUCGUUCUUUUAGCCUCCCAGAUAUUAUCUCUGCUGCGAGGCAUCCGAUGUCAGACCGCCCCAUCCUAUUCCAUAAUGCGAUACGGCCAUCCCGGAAAGCCGCUGGCAUUUGACUAUGCCCCCGGCGGAGGGACUUUACAUUGGUUAUCCUCCUCCAUUCUGUCAUGGGAGUCCGACGAGCAGGCAUGCAGCGCUGUUCAAAUGGGGCGUGCGGCUGGUACCUCUGACAUACCCUUUGGAACAUUUUCGCUGUUAUGGCCCGUUUUUCUACGUCUUUGUUUGAGUCAUUUUGUGGAGACCCUGUCAUGCGCACUGCAUGGCAAGCCUGUGAUGACCGAGACCGGGAUGUCUAUUUUCGAACACUCUCUAGCCUUUGCCGAAGCCGAGUCUAUGAUCAGCAAAUCGAUAGGGCUCGGAAUCUUUGGUCUACCCAAGCAAAAUCCUCUGCACGCAGGCGCCACUGAAGACGCUCCCGUCUCUCCACUUCGACUACUCACAAGAGCUCAGGUCUUGGACCGAAUGAACGUCACCCCAGAGCUUUUACUAAUUGCUUUGAUUUCGUGUUGCAAUAGCCUGACAUCCCAUGCCCUUGAUGUCAUCGGCAAGCAGAGUCGAUAUCGCUUGUUCAAUACUGCAUUUUGGGGUCUCUGUUAUAUGACGGUUAUGUUGUGGGGACUAGAGAGUGGCCCGCCGGUCAGCGCUGAGACAGGUGUUCUCAAAUUUCCAACAGUGUGCACCAUUGGGUUCAUACCUCACAUGCUUGUCUUUGUCGGCAUUAUCGCCUGUUUCAACAUCUAUGCUCUCGCUUUGACCAUUACGGCUUUUUCUUUGCCAUCCGAAGAAGCUCAGCCCAUCUCCAUACGGGAACGAUUCGCGUUGGCUCAUGAAAAUAUGCAAGGUGCCAACCAGAUUCGCAGCAUUCGUAUCAACAGACACGAAGACUUUUACACUACGUUGCUUCGUGUGGGCUACGUCGCACUGACGGCAGCUAGCGAGGCGGUAUUUUUGAAUGAAGGUAAGGUCAUCAUCGCGCGAUCAAUGACCUGGCUUGAGAGAGACCGUCUUGCCGAAAUCGAGGCCUCUCGCCAGAGGAAUUCAUCAUAUGGAGACUGGUCCGACCAGUCUCAAGAGUCCUUAUUUGAUGCAGUGAGCUAUUCCGGCUUUGACCUCCCCGAACAAUCCUCGUCAUGGGAAAGUGGAUACAACCGAGAGAAGAAAAUCGAGAAAUCCAAGAACGGCUCUCGAGCAAUGCGACCCCAUGCCGAAGUAGGUGGCGUAGGAGUGGUGCAAGGAUCGCUCCGCUUUUGGCACGUCAUCUCAUUCUUCCGCUCUAUCUUCUGGCUCGUUCUACGAUGGAUGGCAUACGGCGCUAACCGAGCGCUUGACCGAAUGGGUAUCACGGCUCGCCCUCAGUGGCUGAAACGCCUCUUGGGAACUCGAGAAAAUAAAGGACCCGGAAGGAAGUCUUCGUCAAACUUGGACUUUUGGAUCCUUACUGAAGAGGGAGAACUUGAACUUCCUGCAAACCAUGAGUUUGACGUCGAGUUAGAGAUGAGAAAACGAGAACGAUGCAACCAAUCGGAGUGGGAAAGAAAUGAUGAACGCCGACUUGACGAUAGGUUAUACGGCUGGUGGAAAUUCGGCGGAUCAUGGGGCGAUCAAGACCACACCUCAGAUUACAAUCCUUCAGUAGCCGACGACGACGAUACCACGAGCAUGGUUUCGAUGUCCACCCACACCUCAGAGGAUGAUUGGCAGGAUGAAGAGGAAUAUGGUCGUCGCACUCCGACUCAGACCGAUCCAUAUCCGUCGUUUUCUAGGGAGUCCACCCCUUUUCAAGACCCUGUUUUGGAUAUGGGUCAGUUGGCCCGUCUGCUUGAUCCUCGUGAUCGUGAGAGUAGAGAGGAAGCACGGAUUCUUGCUGCCCAUCUCACCCCUGGAGGUGAUUCUGCACGCAUCAUGACACGCAGCCAGUACCGGCAGCAAGUGGAACGGCAGAGAUCUCAUGUCCUGUUCUCAUCUCGCUUGCAAAUGGCCUCGCAGUCUGCGAACGACAGGCAUAAGCCCACCGCUGAAGAGGAGUCAGAAGUUCUUGAAAAAUUGAUUUUGUCUUGUCGCUCCGAGACCAUCUCUAGUCCUGAUCCCAAUACCUGGAAAUCUGGCGCCAUGGGACUGGGUGAGAAUGGGCCUCCCUGCGUUGUCUGCCAGACCAAUCCCCGCUCCAUCAUUACAUGGCCUUGCCGCUGCCUUUGUAUCUGUGAAGAUUGCCGCGUCAGCCUAGCCAUGAACAACUUCGGCAGCUGUGUAACCUGUCGACAGGAAGUGAGCGGCUUCAUGCGGUUAUGGGUGCCGUGA